UUAAUGUUGAAGCGAAAGGAGACUAAGCAAGACCAAGUAAAUGUCUUUGCAUGUCUCAAAACAAUUUAGUUCCAUGCGUCUUUCUAAUCACUAUUGCGAGUUGCUCAAACAUUGCGGUGACACAAAGAAGGUUCAUUGCAACAUAAUCAAGGCCUUACGAAAUCCAGAAAUCUUUCUGCUAAACAACUUAGUCAAUGCCUAUGCUAAGAAUGGAAGCAUCAUUUAUGCCCGCAGGGUGUUCGAUCAAAUGCCUCUACGGAAUCUAUACUCUUGGAACACACUUCUCUCCUCCUAUUCAAAACUGGGUCGUCUUCCUGAGAUGAAACGCGUGUUUGAUGCAAUGCCAACGCGAGAUAUGGUAUCGUGGAAUUCCCUUAUUUCCGGCUAUGCUGGUCGUGGUUUCCUUGUUCAAUCGGUGAAGGCUUAUGAUAUGAUGUUAUAUGAUGGGCCAUUUAAUUUGACACGGAUUGCGUUAUCCACUAUGCUCAUACUUGCCUCCAAUCAGGAUAAUGUUCGUUUGGGUAGGCAGAUUCAUGGGCAUGUGGUGAAAUUUGGUUUCCAGUCGUAUGUUUUUGUUGGGAGUCCUUUGGUGGAUAUGUACUCCAAAACGGGGCUUAUAUUUUGUGCAAGACGGGUUUUUGAUGAGAUGCCCCAGAAGAAUGUGGUUAUGUAUAAUACACUGAUUGCAGGGCUUAUGCGAUGCGGUAGAAUUGAGGAUUCAAGGCAGUUGUUUUAUGAAAUGCGGGAAAAGGAUUCUAUUUCCUGGACAGCAAUGAUUGCGGGAUUUACUCAGAAUGGCUUUGAAAUAGAAGCUAUUGAUUUAUUGAGAGAGAUGAGAUUAGAAAAUCUUGAGAUGGAUCAGUACACUUUUGGGAGCGUGUUAACUGCUUGUGGUGGUGUUGCGGCUUUCCAAGAAGGCAAGCAAGUUCAUGCUUACAUAAUUAGGACGGAUUACCAGGAUAAUUUAUUUGUUGGUAGCGCUCUAGUUGACAUGUAUUGUAAGUGUAAGAGUAUAAAAUCAGCAGAAUCAGUUUUUAGGAAGAUGACUUGCAAGAAUGUUGUAUCUUGGACUGCCAUGCUGGUGGGUUAUGGGCAGAAUGGUUAUUGUGAAGAAGCUGUUAAAAUAUUUUGUGAUAUGCAAAAAUAUGGGAUUGAACCAGAUGAUUUCACCCUUGGGAGUGUAAUUAGCUCUUGUGCAAACCUUGCCAGCCUAGAAGAGGGCGCUCAGUUUCAUGGCAAAGCUUUGGUUUCUGGCUUAAUUUCUUUUAUCACUGUUUCCAAUGCUCUAGUUACAUUAUAUGGUAAAUGUGGAAGCAUUGAAGACUCUCAUAGACUUUUUAGCGAAAUGAUCUUCCUGGACGAAGUCUCAUGGACGGCACUUGUUUCUGGAUACUCGCAAUUUGGUAAAGCCAAUGAAACGAUAAGGUUGUUUGAAAGCAUGUUAGCCCAUGGUUUCAAACCCGACAAAGUUACUUUUAUUGGGGUUCUUUCAGCUUGCAGCAGAGCAGGACUAGUAGAGAAAGGAAAUCAGAUAUUUGAGUCAAUGAUUAAAGAACAUAGGAUUAUACCAAUACACGAUCAUUACACAUGCAUGAUUGACCUCUUCAGUCGAGCUGGGAGGUUAGAAGAGGCAAGGAAUUUUAUAAAUAAGAUGCCUUUCAGCCCUGACGCAAUUGGUUGGGCAUCCCUGUUAAGUGCAUGUAGAUUCUAUAGAAACAUGGAAAUCGGUAAGUGGGCAGCUGAAUCUCUAAUAAAGUUAGAACCGCAAAACACUGCUAGUUACAUCUUACUUUCGAGCAUCUAUGCUGCUAAAGGAAAAUGGGAAGAAGUUUCCAUAUUAAGAAAGGGAAUGAGAGAUAAGGGUCUGAGAAAAGAACCAGGAUGUAGCUGGAUUAAAUAUAAAAACCAAGUACACAUUUUUUCGGCUGAUGAUCGGUCAAACCCUUUUUCUGAUCAGAUAUAUUCUGAGCUUGAAAAAUUGAACUAUAAAAUGGUACAAGAGGGAUAUGUGCCUGAUAUGAAUUCUGUUUUGCAUGAUGUUGAGGAUUCAGAGAAAAUAAAGAUGCUUAAUCACCAUAGUGAAAAGCUUGCAAUUGCUUUUGGAUUAAUAUUUAUUCCUCCUGGUUUGCCCAUACGAGUAGUUAAAAAUUUAAGGGUUUGUGGGGAUUGCCACAAUGCAACUAAGUAUAUAUCUAAGAUCACUCAGAGGGAAAUUCUUGUUAGAGAUGCUGCCCGAUUCCACUUGUUUAAAGAUGGAACGUGUUCAUGCGGAGACUUUUGGUGACAGGCCCAGUUGUUAUAUUCUCUGAAAUAUAAAGUACUGUCAAAAGUGACUACUAAUUACAGGAUUCUUCAGUAUGAAGAUACCUAUGAUACCUCUUUCUUCAAAAGGUGAGUAUCAUUACCGUGUGUGCAAUGCAGUUGUGUAUUGAGUAUACUGUAAUUUUAUAUGGACUUGAACAAAAUUACAGAAUAUGGUGACUGUUCCUGACUUGCUAUCAUCAUCUUUUGUCUUAAUUUGAGAGAGGAGACAUUCUUAUAGGCUGAUUAAUUUUUUACAACGUUUUGACGUAUAUUGACAUAGGCACGUCUUCCAUCAUAGCUGUUGAAAAUUUUCACUAACCCUGUAAAUCAGUGUUAUGUGGGCAGUAUUUGUGGGACAGUUUUGUCAAUUUAAACAGGAUUUUUUAUCUGUACACCCGAACCGAGACAGCUCCUUUUAUUUGGUUAUAAUGGUGGCAACAAGGUUAGAAGCUAUGUGUAACAAAUACAGUUAGUGGAGGAGCAGGUAAUGGAAAUGUUUCUUCGGAGCGGGUAAUACUGAAUAAAGAGAUUUUCUCAUUCGCUGAAUCGGAUUUUUUUCAUCCGCUCCAUUCAUUCAUUUGGAUUCCACAAAUUAUACACAUUACACUAUGAUCUCAUGCAUACUGCACAAGUCCUUCAACCUGCCCAAUCCUAGAAACUUACAAUGCUAUCAUAUCAUUUCCUAAGCUUUUCGGAUCAAAUUUCUGUUGAAUCUUUAGCCUCUUAAAGGAGUGGAUACCUAUUUCUUGCUUCAGCUUUCAGAGUAUUUAAAAUUUUAGAUUCUAGACUAGUUUGUAAAAAUGAUGUGAAAUCUGACGUCUGUAUUACUCACAAUUGUUCAUCAUGA